AUGAAUAAGUUUUAUAUUCAAAUUGUUUUAUUUUUUUUAACCAUCUCCCUAUAUGUGAAUAAUAAAACCCUUGCAACUGAACCCUCUCCAGGAAGAUCUACAACACCCGAAUCAACAUAUCAAUGUCUUACUUCAGAAGAAAUAUAUGAAAAAAAUAAGCACUUAUUAUGUACCGAUCCAGAAGAAACUGUAAAAGCAGAUGAAGUUAUGAAAGAAGCUGUAUCGCAAUUAGUAUAUCAUGCUACAAGUAUAGAUGAUUAUGAAUUAUUUGAUACAAAUCCUAGUGGUAAUACAUUUUUUUAUAAAAAAAGACAUAAAAAACUUACAAAUGUUCUAAAAAUGAAAUAUGCAAUUUAUGGUUCCGACCAGUAUAAUGAACUAAUAAACGAGUUAUGGGAUCCAGAUAAUGUCGUUUUUAUAAAUACUGGCUCUAUUAAAAUUGUCCGUGUGUACAAUCCAAAUUUAGUAAUGGUACAACAGCGUUACAAAAAUCCGUUUUCGUCCGUUCAUAAAUAUUUUUAUGCUUUAUCUGCAAAAUUUGAAGUAUCAAAAAACAAGACUGUAUUAGUCAUGGCUUCAGCAGAUAUAAAUGAUCACAACCUUUCCACUGAACCAUAUCAAAACACAAUAGUAGAAAGCGCAAACUUAUUCAAAACUGACAUUGAUUCUGAAGAUGAUAUUAGAAAAGGAAAGUUAAAAAAAACGUUUAUUAACAUAGCUGGAUAUCUCAUUGAAAAAAAAGACGGCUAUUCUGAUAUCACCUACAUCGAAUCUGUUGGUUGCCAUGCUCCCAUUUCCCUAAAACGUAUGAUUAGAAAAUAUUUAUGUUGUUUUCUACCUCAUAAAUAA